AACAGAUUUCGUAACGGACAAAGUUCCCAAUUCUUUUUUUUUGCAUAAUAAGAUCUGAAAUCGGAGAUAGAAAAAAAAAUCACAUUUUUAUUUCCGCCGGAACAAAAAGCGAUGGUUCAGUGUAGCAACAAUCUCCUCGGAAUCCUCAAUUUCUUCACAUUCCUCCUCUCAAUCCCAAUUCUCUCCGCCGGGAUCUGGCUCGGCAAAAAUGCAGCAACCGAAUGCGAACGUUUCCUCGACAAACCAAUGGUCGUACUCGGAAUCUUCCUCAUGUUCGUCUCAAUCGCCGGACUCGUCGGUGCUUGUUGCCGUGUCUCUUGCCUCCUCUGGCUUUACCUCUUCGCUAUGUUCCUCCUCAUUCUCCUCGGCUUCUGUUUCACAAUCUUCGCUUUCGCAGUCACAAACCGCGGCGCCGGUGAGGUUAUAUCGGAUCGAGGGUAUAAAGAGUAUCAUGUCGCCGAUUACUCUAAUUGGUUGCAGAAACGUGUCAACAAUGCUAAGAAUUGGGAACGGAUCAGGAGUUGUUUGAUGUACUCUGACGUUUGCUCCACUUAUCGUACUCGUUAUGCCAGCAUUAACGUUGAAGAUUUCUACAAAUCUAAUCUUAAUGCUCUUCAGUCUGGUUGUUGUAAGCCGUCCAAUGACUGUAACUUCACCUAUGUGAACCCGACUACUUGGACAAAGACUCCUGGUCCAUACAAAAACGAGGACUGUAAUGUGUGGGACAACAAACCAGGAACUCUCUGCUACGACUGUGAAGCCUGCAAGGCUGGUCUGCUUGACAACAUCAAGAACUCAUGGAAAAAGGUGGCUAAGGUCAACAUUGUCUUCCUCAUAUUCCUCAUUAUCGUCUACUCUGUUGGUUGUUGUGCGUUCAGGAACAACAGGAAACGCAGUUGGUAAUAGAUUCUAAUGCGUUGAAACCAAGACUAAGGCCAGAGAAGAUAUCUGAAGUGUCAUCAUCUUACUGUCAAGUAAGUUAAAGCAGCAUUUAAGACAACUCGUUGAUCGCUUGUCUUGUGUGUGGGGGAUUGCAAUUUCAAUGUAUUUUCUCUCUUAAAUUUGCAACAUAAUGAGUUACAAAAGCACUUGCUUGUGCUUCUAUUUCGACUCUUUUGUGUGUUGAGUAGCUUAUACAUCUGUUGAGACGAGUGAGAUUUGUAAAAGAAGUUCCAUUUCACUUUGCGUUAUUAUCAUUUUCAUAUUCUUUAA